AUGAACUUCAUCGCCUUAUAUAAAUGCGUCGGAUUAGAUUUUCUUGUUGAUUCAAUAUUUUAUUGCCAAAUUGAAGAUAUGCUUCGCCGGUAUCUCAGAGGAGGGCACGAUGGUGGAUCAUUUGUCGCAGUUCGGAGGAUUUCGCAAGGUCUUGAUAGAAGCAAUGCUUGUCAUACAACAGAUGAGGCUGUUGCAGGCUCAACAGCAUGGCUUGGCAGAAGCCUUUCAUGUGUUUGUGUUCAGAGAAAAGAAGGCGAUUCUCGCCCCUCAUUUGAUUUGACACCUGCUGAGGAGGAUUGUCUACAAAGGCUUCAAAACCGUUUAGACAUAGCCUAUGAUAGUUCAAUUCCAGAACAUCAGGAAGCAUUAAAGGCAUUGUGGAAAGCUGCAUUUCCUGAAGAGGAACUCAGUGAUCUGAUUUCUGAGCAAUGGAAAGAAAUGGGCUGGCAAGGGAAAGAUCCUUCCACAGAUUUUCGGGGUGGUGGAUUCAUAUCACUAGAGAACUUACUAUAUUUCGCCAGAAAUUUCCAGAAAUCAUUUCAAGAUCUUCUUAGAAAGCAAGAAGGUGAUAGAGCCAUGUGGGAAUAUCCUUUUGCUGUAGCUGGAGUUAAUAUCACAUUCAUGCUUAUUCAGAUGCUUGAUCUUGAAGCAGUAAAACCACGGAGUUUUGUUGGAGCAACUUUUCUAAAGUUUCUUUCAGAAAACGAGUCAGCAUUUGACCUUUUGUAUUGCAUCACAUUCAAGCUAAUGGAUCAUCAAUGGCUUGCGAUGCAUGCAUCUUACAUGGAUUUCAAUACUGUGAUGAAAUCAACACGCCGUCAACUAGAAAGAGAGCUUUUGCAAGAUAACGUGAACCGCAUUGAGGAACUUCCUUCCUACGGUCUUCUUACUCGAUAGAAUUAUCAGUUUUGUUUGAUUCAUGAAUUUUUACAAAAAAAAUAAUAUGAUGAUUACUAUUAAAGUUUGCAAUAUGACAAGACAAAAGUUUAGUAUAUGAUAUUGUAUCUGUUAACUAAGGGUUUUAUAUAGAAAAGUCUUAAUAUUUUAGGAAAUUUUUUGAUAAAGUCUUAAAUGUUUUAUUUUAGCCGAAAAGUCUCAAUAUUUUGGAAAAAUCACAUACUUGUUAAAAAAAAAUUUAAAAGAACUUUUUAGUUAAUUUGGACAAAAUGCUAAAUGAUCGAGAUUUUCUGUUAAAAAAUAUUUAGAACUUUAUCAACAAUUUUCCCAAAAUAAUUAGACUAAUCUAAAUAAAACCCGGUUAACCUUGUCUUAUAUGGAUAAAAAAUAACAACCGCUAAGCGUCGCUAAGCGUUAAGUUGUGGGCUAUCAGUAAUUUGGGUUGAUGGGGUGUUACAAAAUGGUAUCAAAGCAAAUUUUGUUUAAAAUUUGUAUGUAUUUUUAAAGUGCGU